UUGAGCAGGCUGGCGGCCGACUCAGAAAACCCCUAAUGCUCAGUAGAUACAGAGUACGAUUUUGCAGUUAUCAUCCUUCCUGUCCCCUUAUUUGGUUUAUAAUACCUUUGCGUAAGUGUCAAUCGAGGUUACUGUCGACUGUAGGCUAGAGGAUGCAGAACUGAAAGAAUGUCUUUCCGCUCGCAAUGUUAUCAUUGACAGGACGCUAUAUCGUGCUUCGCCACGUUGGGGAGCCGUUGAGCUAAGCUAGCUAGUUGCUGAAGGGGUUCCCCGUUAGGUUAAUACACCCCCCCUCCAGUCCCUUCCCUCUGCUUUUUCUUCUCCGCUUGUCUGCUCUCCUGCUUCACAACACAGUACAGUACACACUAGUCCUCUAGUAGUGGCAGCAGCCUACACAAGUGUGUUCACCCUCUACUCGGAGCUUCAGUUUCUGCUCUGUAUAAACUAGCCAUUUAUCAUCAAUCAUGGCCGCCGGAGUACAAAUUUAACUCCCGUCUUUCCUCCCUGUCGUCUGGAGGGAGGGUUUUUUGUUGGAGACAAAAUAUUAGUCUCUCACUGAUUUGGAUUUCCUAUUGGAAUUACAAUACAUCUCGUAAGGGAACGACCAUUCAUGUCAAUACUCCAAAAUGCAGCCGCCGCCGAGGAAGGUCAAAGUGACACAGGAGCUGAAAAACACGCACACAGAGCAGAUGACAAGACUGCACUUUAAGCACCAGACUGAAUAUGACCUGCUGGAAGACAUGAGGACCUACAGUCUAAAGAAGGGACAGCUGGAGAGGGACUAUGCACAGGCUCUGCAGAAGUUAGCGAGUCAAUACCUUAAGAGAGACUGGCUUGGAAUCAACCCUGAUGACCAGAGAACAGACUACAGGAAUGUGUAUGCAGUGUGGAGGGCCUAUUUAGAAGGAACAGUGCAGGUGAGCCAGUCAAGGCUCAAUGUGUGUGACAACUACAAAAGUCAAGUAUCAGAGCCCGCUAAGACUGUUAGACUCUAUAAGGAGCAGCAACUCAAAAAGACCAUAGAUCAGUUAAGUGGCAUUCAAGCAGAGCUGCAGGAGUCGGUGAAGGAGUUGGCCAAAGCCAAAAAAAAAUACUACGACUGUGAGCAAGUUGCCCAUGCUGUGCGAGAGAAGGCUGACAUAGAGGCCAAGUCUAAACUGGGUAUUUUUCAGUCAAGAAUUAGUUUACAGAAAGCAAGUGUAAAGUUGAAAGCUAAGAGAAGUGACUGCAACUCCAAGGCAACACAGGCCAGGAACGACUACUUGCUAACGCUUGCUGCUGCCAACGCUCACCAUGACCGCUACUACCAUACAGAUCUACCACACUGCAUACAGGCCUUGGAUGGCAGGAUCUAUGAGCAUGUUAAAGACUACCUGGUAGAGCUGAGUCAUACCGAGCUAGAGGCCUCCCAAGCCACACACAACACCUUCCAGUUCCUGUUGGAUAAAUCCACCCGGAUAAUACAAGAGUACAACCAGCAGUUGUUCAUGCAGGAGAACCCAGUGUUUCACAAACCACAUGACUUUCAGUUCCAGCCGAGCGAAUGUGACAUGACUCUGAGCUCGGUGCAGCAGUUGGUGGACAUUGAGCCGUCGCCCGUCAGUGCCAUGAGAAUGACCCUGGCACAGAGCCGUCAGCUGGAGUCAGAGACGGGGACGACGGAGGAGCACAGUCUGAACAAGGAGGCGAGGAAAUGGGCAACCAGAGUGGCCAGAGAACACAAGAAUAUCAUCCAUUACAAGAGACGUCUGGAGGAGUGUGAGAACCACGGCUUGCCCCCCACAGAGCAGGGCAGACUAGAUCUGGAGUUGAAGAUAGAAGACACCAAAGAGUACAUACGCAAAGCUGAGACAAUAAAGUUAAAAGCUGAGGCUCGAUUGGACCUUCUGCGGCAAGUGGGGGUUGCUGUGGAUACCUGGCUGAAGAGCGCUAUGAACCAGGUGAUGGAGGAGCUGGAAAAUGAACGUUGGGCCAACUACACUUCCCACGAUCCCUCACUGUCGGGCACAGUGGAUUUGGAGCGUGAGGAGGGAGAAGAGUGUGAAGAAAACAUGGAGGUUUUUGACGACAGCAGCUCCAGUCCUUCGGGAACCCUCCGAAACUACCCGUUAACCUGCAAAGUCCUGUACUCUUACAAGGCCUCUCAGCCGGAUGAGUUAACUAUUGAUGAGAAGGAGAUGUUGGAGGUCAUUGAGGAUGGAGACAUGGAGGACUGGGUCAAGGCUCGUAAUAAGACAGGUCACGUGGGCUAUGUCCCAGAAAAAUACCUGCAGUUUCCGACCUCCAACAGUCUGUUGAGCAUGCUCCAGUCCCUGGCUACACUCGAUGCUCGGUCACACACCUCGUCCAAUUCCACUGAGCCAGAGUUGCACUCCGGCUGCAUCAAUGGAGAUACUAACAUGAUGUAUGUCCGUGCACUUUAUGAUUAUGACGGCCAGGCAGACGAGGAACUCUCCUUUUCCGAGGGAGCGGUGAUCCGCCUGUUGAGCCGCGACACACAGACGGACGAUGGCUUCUGGGAGGGGGAGCUCAAUGGACGGGUGGGCGUCUUCCCCUCUGUGCUGGUUGAAGAUCUCACUGAGAAUGGGGAGACCAGUGGAGGAGGGCUGGGUGACAUACAGAUUUCUCCAUCUCUAAAGUUGCCGUGUUCUCUGCCACCUCUCCCCCUGUACGAACAACCUCCUAUUAGCACUUUCACCAGCCCAGAGACCUCCACACCGCCUCCUCUCCCACGCUCACCCUCUACUGCACUCAACGGGGAGCACAAGCCUCUACCACCCGCCUCGUCACACAAGGGACCGCUUCCCACCCACAAUCAGAGCUCUGGCAAGAGUCCUGUAUCUCCAGGUUUUCCUCAGCCACUGCGAUUCACCCCCGAAGGAGGCCCAGGCAAACUACGACCGGUGCGAGCUGCUCCUCCUCCACCCAAACAGCACCCCCGCCGACCGCAGGAGAAGAGCGACAAGACAGAGGAGGUGGAGAUCACACUGGUGUGACAUACAGACAAGCUGCCACGUGGUUCUAGAGACAGAAAUAAACAAAAACAGAUGACAGACAUCCUACAGGCUGGGGAACUGAACUGCUCUGAACUGAAGUCAGCUUAAACAAAGGGAUGUGAAGUAAACUGAACUAUACCACGUCCGACGUCUCUCCACAUCUUCUCUCGUCCUCAAGUUGAGGAGGAGAGCAAAGAGGGGGGGGGGGUCAUGACAGAGUAUCCAGUUGAAUAAUCUCCAUAUUAGCUUCCUAAUGAAGUGCAGCAGUAGCCUCCCCUACAUCCCUUCACUCUCCCCCGUCCUUCCAUUCUUGCCUUAAAACGUUACCUCAUCGGGCAGCAAACCAGAGCACACUAAAGAGGAGGAAGAAUGUUUAGACAUGAGGUGUGAUAGGGAAAGUUAAUUUUGUUACGCUUACUUCAAGAUAUUGUAAAGAAGUUUAUCUCUGUACGUGAUCAUUCUGCUUAGAAAAAACUCUUUUUUUUUCACUCACUUGCUAACAAAUAAUAAUAAAAUGUGAACACUUAUGGAGCCCUGGAACUGACAAGUUAUAGUUUUAGUAUUUAAAGAGUCAUAGGACAAGUCAAAAAUAUAACGUAAAAAAAGGAUUGUAAAAGGAAAUGUACAGUAUUAUACUUUUUAAAUAUUUUGAGCAAUGGAGAGGAGUGUGUGGCUAGCUUGCUCAACUGACAACACUGGUAGCUAAAUACUCCAGCAGCCUUUAAGCUAGCUACUUAGCUGAAGCUAACUGUCUUCAUAAAACUACACCAGUGCAUGUUAUGUUAAUUAUCCAUAUACCGUACUCCACACUGCUGCAGGAUCACAGCAAAUUAUAAGUAGCUACAGCAUUUUAAUCAGCAAACUAACACUUACAAAGAUAUCUAGCAAGAGCUUGGGACUUUUAAAUUUAGUUUAUUUCACAUUUUGAAAAAUUUGAUGUUAAAUUACAUAUUUACAAAAUGUUGAGGAUGAUAAAAUAAAGUCCAAGACAUUUUCUACUCUGGUCCUCAACUAGAGAAACGCAAGAUGAAGUGGAAGAUAAUGUCUCCUCCAAGUAGCGUAGCAAGUAGCUCGCUGGCUAAAAUGCUCCAGCUUUUGUUAAAAAAGUUUGUACACUAAAUGUGUGCGAAGACCAAAAAAUAUAUAAAAAUUUAUGAGUUGAAAAAUAAAAUCAGCAAGUGAAAGAUAAAUAGUAAAUAAGUAGAAAUAAUUUAUUUAUGUUUUUGACUUAUCUGAUAUCUUUUUACAAUAGUUUAAGUGUCGGGGCUCUAUAAAAAGUAAGCUUGAUGAGGGUGAGUAAUCAUAAAACUUGCCAAACAAGUUAUGAUUUGGACAGAGAACCCCCCCCACCCAGCCCUUCCCUUGCCAUAUAUAAUCCUUAUCAUCCUACGUAUUCAAUGUGUAUUAGUACAGUACAUUACUGUUGUCAUAGGAAUGUUAUACACAGUAUUUCAUAUAAACUAACUCAACUGAUUGGAAUACAAUGUCUGAUAUGUAGUAGACGUUUUAUCUUCAUCUUAUACUGAAAGGGCAUUGUAAAUACAGUUUAAAGGAGAGAUGAAAGAAGAGAAGGUAAGAAGGGGAUGACAGAAAAAGAGGCAAAAAGGAGGCUGGAUCCUUCUCUCUGCUCUUUUCUCCACCUCUUUUCACACACUUUCUUCAUCUCCCUCUUUUCUCUAAUGUCUGUUCUGUCCAUUGACAGUCAGUGUGAAUCAGUGGCUAUCAUUUACACACACACAUUCAUUUACAUUAUAUUAGGCACACAUUGCUAUAUCUUCUCUCAUUCUCUCAUUGACCCUCUCUGUGCGUCUAUCACUGAUUGGCUCAGGCGGCGGCGGCUGGUGCUUUCAAAGGCACUGACAUUGUUGGUAUUCACUAUGUGGUAACUAAGAAGUGUUUUAUUUGAGAUGAUAUAGACACUGAUGAUUUUGGGUCUGAAGUUUUUUAUUAAUCACAGAUUGAACUGUAUAGCUUUUAACCCUACAGAUCAUAUCUUUCAUGUAAAUUCUGUUCAUUUAUACAACUGAUACCAUAACAUAUAUCCUUGUUUAGUUGAAACGCAUUACAUUCGCAGGUGUUAUCUUUCUGUUGCCUUGCGAGGAAACUCCAUCACAUCACUUAGUGAGUGUUUCUUUUAAAACAGCAGAGAAAACAUCCAUAAAAAAGAAAUGAACCUUUAAUAUUUCCAUCCUUAGCUUUUCCUUUUAAUUAAUGGUGUCAGUAGAAAGUGAUGUAUAAACCAAAUACAUCAUGCUAAAUGGACAGAACUAGCAACGGACAUUCAUAUGGCGCUAAGUACAAUUAUGUUUUUUUUUUUACUCAAAGUAAAUAAAUCUUCUCCCCUUAAAUACCCUUCAAGCCUUUAAAACUCCGUGCCUAAAGGGCAGUGUAGCACUUUUAUUUAUUUGUACCUUUCUUGGAAAGUAGCAGUACCUUAACAUGGCAUCAGAAUGGAUAGAAAAGACUCUGAUGAAUCCCUGCAGUUUAAUACAGAUUUCAGAGUUACUCUUUUUAUUUGGCUUAUGUGAAGCCUUUUUAUUUCAGUGUGACUGAUGUGUGAGAUAGAGAGGUAAUUGUUGGCAAUGUAAUUUUAUGUUUUCCUAAACUCAUACACACAAAACAAAAAACAUGAUCAUAGUGAACGAUGUUUUUAAAUGAAGACUUGAGGAGAAUGUGGGUUUAUGGUCUUGAGGUGAACCAGGCUGUUUGUGUGUGUGAUUGUUUAAAGGAGAGAGGAUCAGAUCUGUGUUUGACUCUGAAGAUGUAAACAUGUGUCCCAGUUCCUUCUUCCAUAUUUAUUUUAAACAGGGUUUGAUUUGACUGACUGAUUACAUUAUCAGGAUAAAGUAUCAAAGACGUCAAUACAGAUUUAAAAUGUCCUUGAUUUUUGACAGUGGUGUUAAUGGACAAUAUUGUUCCAAAAGAGGUGAGCUCCUUACAGCUGGAAA